AUGCUGCGCCUGGGGUCAUAUCUUCUGUGUGCCAAAUCGAUUCAACGCAUGGCUGGGGCUGCCGAGCUGUCAAAAGACUACAAAAAGAUAGAGGAUGAGGAAAAAUAUCUUGCGGAAGCGGAGGCGAAGCGCAAGGAGUAUGAAAAUUAUCCCUUGCGCUAUCGACUGCUGGAGUGCAAACCCGGAUUGCCACUUGCUCUGACCAAGUUGAAGUACCUCCUGGCCUGCCGGAGGACACAUCCUGAAGCCGGCGGCAAUGCGGAAGACUUCCUGCGGGUUAGUCUUGCGUACCAGGACAUCAUGAAGGACUACGGCGUGGAGACUGUUGAGAACAAGAUUGUGAACCUGGGCAAUUUCCAGGUGGAUGACCACGAAGCACGAAACUAUUUGGAGGCACGCGCCCAAAUAAAGAGUUUUAUACCUAUCUCCACCCUAACGGAUCAUAUUAGGAAGAUUGAAGAAGUUAAGGCGCGUCUUGGAGACAACUUGGCAGAAAAAAUAGCCGCCAAUGACGAUGAGGCGAUGCUUCUUCUUGAGGACAUUGAAGAAAUUAUGGAGGAGGAUGGUCUUCGUACCGUUCGACUGGGGCUGCUUGAGGAUGGCAGUGUCAGAGUGGAGAAUAAGAUGCUCCUUACCGAUGGUACUGAAAAGCCAUUAUACCUUGAGAAACUUUCCAAGAGCCCAGAGGAACAAAUUAAAAAAAGCGAAGCAGCUGAUGAUGGCACUUUGAAAAGUGUGAGCGACGAACCAACUGGGCAGCAAGAAUCAAAUCUCAAUUUGAGACAAUACACGGAUGGAGGUGAAAAGGCCAUAUGGACAGCAGAUGUCAGUGCCGAAGACAUUGAGGUUCUUACAGCAAAGGACAAAGUACAAGAUCGCCCAGAUGUGGCUGGACUGGCAUCUCGGACAGCCACAGAGGUGAUGAAAAACACGGAGAUAGUGAAGCAGAUUCGUCUUGAAUCCUCCAUACUUUUUGUUUUUUCUCUGUGCAUUUUUCUGGUUGUGUACGUCUACAUAGAGGGGCUGAUGCGCGCAAAGAUGCAAAGCAAGAGACGACCCGAGACUAUGGAGCAUGUUACAACAGAUACAAUGCUCCCAUGGUGGGGAAAUGAUGCUGAGUACGAAAGCCAAGUGAAACGUAUUUUUGUGGAAGAAUGGCGUCGGGCCCGCGCGAGUUCUCGUCGCGUCCAGACGUUUCAAGAUGGCGUUGCCCGGGAGUCGUUGGAUGAGGAGACCAAAAAAGAGAUGGAUCUAAAAAUAUUUACUGUGACGGCUGAGCGUCUACGGGAGAUGAGGGAGCGUGCGGACAAACACACUGGUCGCCAAUAA